ACCAUUUUCAAAACGUUUUCUACGAUGAAAAACGUAUCUCUACAUCAACAGUAGAGUAUUAAAAAGUGUUGCGAUGAUGGAACGUGCAAGGGAAAGCGAUGGCCUUAACGGUGUAUCGUCGUCCACAUCGGGUGUAACAGUUCUCCAGUAUUUGCUGCAAAACGAUUCCACCGUCGCUGUUGAAGACGAUCGCAGCUCAUCGAAAACCAGCAAUAAAAAAUCGUUGGUGCAGCUGUAUUCUUGUCCGGCACCUGGAUGCAAAAAGCAGUAUUUCAACGAAGAACAUCUCAAGGCACACGAAAAGUUCCACGCCAGAGACGGUUGCGGACGGAUAGAAGAAAAACCAGAUUCCACCGAAGCGGCAAAUCCCAGAAAUCUGAUGCAGUUUCUGUUGCAAAACGAACAGGUAGAAUAUCUGUAUGAAGAGGACCCUAGGAUGAAUGUAACUGUUAAGCAGGAACCCAUGGAGGAGAUUGAAGAUGUGGAUGAAAAGCAUGUUUUGGAAAUUCCGGUUGGAAUAAAGGAUGAGCUCAUCAGUGAAGAAGAUUCUCCUGACGAUGAACCUCCCGAUGAUGGUAGCUAUCAGGUUGCAGGUAUUAGCAGCUCCAACUCCGGCGAAGAAUGUAGACAACUUAUCUAUUCCUCCAAGGAACGAAAGCAUGCCUGCCAGUGGCCAGGAUGUAUGAACACAUACGUGAGGUCAUCUCAUUUGAAGGUGCACCUGCGAACGCAUACCGGGGAGCUCCCGUACCCAUGUGAUUGGCCGGGCUGUAAGUUAGGAUUUACCCGCUCCGAAACGCUAAACCGCCAUCGAGUUACCCACACUCUGAUACGCAACUACAGCUGCCGUUGGUGCGUUAAACAGUUCUUUCGACGAGAUCACCUAGUGGCGCACAUUCGAAAGCACAACCUGCCGGGCAGCGAACAUCGGCCGCAAGAAGAUGGAAAGAUUCCAAAUGCAACUAAACGCUCAACUGCACAAGCGGCAACCGAAGAAAAGAAGAAACAACGCUCUAGUGCUGCUAAACUGAAGCAGUCCGGUUCGGUCCAGGAGCGUCCACGAAACUUCAGGUGUAGUUUUGUUGACUGUGAAAAAACAUACACACGCAUGUGCCAUUUGAGGGCACAUGAACUGCUGCACAACGGAGCAUUGCCCUUUCGAUGCCCGUGGGAAACGUGCAAUGCUGCAUUUGCGCGAUCGUUCGAGUUGUCCCGCCACCGACGAAAGCAUACAGGCGAGCGGAAGUUUGUGUGCCACAUCUGCCAGCAGGCGUUCAUGAGAAGCGAUCACCUCUCCAGUCACGUCAAACGGCACACGUUUCGAACCACAAGGGAUGGUUGCAGCGAGGAGGAUGUGUGAAGGUUUUAGCGGAAGAUUGAACGAACUGUACCAAAGGUGAUCGUAGUAUUUGAUAAAAAGUAUCAACACUAGAGGCUGGUACUUUUUUUUCCUAUUUUUCCGGUAUUAUUUUUUCUGGCCAACGCUGCCCAUUUUUAUGGAUGAUAUCGAUAGUUGCCAUUUAUUCCAAAUCCAUGCGUAGGAAAUCAAUUUCUACCGAUCAUAGAAUAGCUACAUAUACCUCAAUCACGCAAAUAGGGUUCAGUAAAUCUUUGCAGCCUGUUUUUCAAACGAUUUUACCUAUCCUUUUUUCGUCUUCGAGAACGUCUUAAAUGCUCAGUCGAUUCUCCAGAAACGAGCAUACAUUGCAUACCACCCAUUCAAUAUUUCGACAUCGUCUAAAUUAGACACUAAACCUAUGGUUUUGCGUGGUUAAAGAGGUUUAGUCAGUUAAUAGAUGACGUAAAAAUUUGUCACGUUUCUUUUUAAGUUUGGCGGGCACUUUAUAAGGUUCAAUUAGAAAUUGAAUACAGUUACUAGAAUAUAAAAAUACUGUUAGUAUUUCAGUGCGCUACUGAUAAUAUUUCGGUACGUAAAGGAUUUUUACCAAGUAUUUCAGGGUGUUAAAUAAAAUAAAUGU